CCAAUCGCAGGGAGGGCGAUUGCUCGAAGCUCCUCCUCGCCGGCGCCGCGCCGCGCUGUGCGCACUUCCGGCGCGCGGGGAGGGGGACCGGAAGCGGCGGGCGCGGUGGAGCUGGGCGGCGCCGGGCGGCGGCGGAGCGGGAGCGGCGGGAGGUUGUGACAGCGGUAGAGAUGGAAAGACUGGUUGGACGGUUGGAGAAGGCUGUGGAGCGCCUGGAGAUGAUGUGCCAAGGACCAGGCAUGUGCGGAAAUGACUCUUCCAAAGGAGUGGCUCAGUACGUGCAGGCUUUUGACGCCCUUCUCGCCGGCCCGGUAGCUGAAUAUAUGAAGAUCAGCAAAGAAGUUGGCGGGGAUGUGCAGAAGCAUGCUGAGAUGGUUCAUGGGGGCUUGAUGAGCGAGAGGGCUCUUCUGGUGAUGGCGUCGCAACAUCAGCAGCCGGCAGAGAAUGCGUUGUCAUCGCUUCUGAAACCCAUUUCUGAGCAAAUCCAGAUGGUGCAGGAUUUCAGGGAGAAGAACCGCGGUAGCAAAAUGUUCAAUCACUUAUCGGCAGUCAGCGAGAGCAUCCCAGCGCUGGGCUGGGUGGCCAUGGCUCCAAAGCCUGGUCCUUAUGUGAAGGAAAUGACCGAUGCUGCCAUGUUUUACACCAACAGGAUCCUCAAGGAGUACAAGGAUGUAGAUAAAAAGCAAGUGGACUGGGUGAAGGCUUAUCUGAGCAUCUGGACAGAGCUGCAGGCUUAUAUCAAAGAAUAUCACACCACAGGGCUGACCUGGAGCAAAACAGGUCCUGUAGCAACAGAAGGGGCUAAAUCACCGUCCGCUCCCCCAGCCGGGGCUGCGCCUCCCCCGCCGGGCCCUCCUCCCCCGCCAGCUCCUGCCCCCAGCAGCUCCAGCACAGACGACUCUGCCUCCCGCUCCGCGCUCUUCGCCCAGAUCAACCGGGGAGAAGGAAUCACUUCGGGCUUAAGACAUGUUUCCGAUGACAUGAAGACCCACAAGAAUCCAGCGCUGAAGAACCAAGGGGGUCCUGUGAGAAGCGGGCCCAAACCUUUCACUGCUCCCAAACCAGCCUGUAAUGCUAAUCCCUCCCAAAAAACCUCUCCCAAGGCACCUGCCUUGCUAGAACUAGAGGGCAAAAAGUGGAGAGUGGAAAACCAGGAGAACGCCACUAACCUGGUAAUCAGCGACACAGAGCUGAAGCAGGUAGCGUACGUUUUCAAGUGCACAAAUAGCACGCUUCAAAUCAAGGGCAAGAUCAACUCCAUCACCCUCGAUAACUGUAAGAAGCUUGGGCUGGUGUUUGAUGACGUGGUGGGCAUCGUAGAGAUCAUCAACAGCAGGGACGUUAAAGUUCAGGUCAUGGGUAAAGUGCCAACGAUUUCCAUCAACAAGACAGACGGUUGCCACGUGUACCUGAGCAAGGACUCCCUAGACUGCGAAAUCGUCAGUGCCAAGUCGUCGGAGAUGAACGUCCUUAUUCCCGCGGAGGGCGGUGACUUUACUGAAUUCCCCGUUCCAGAACAGUUCAAGACAGUGUGGAACGGUCAGAAGUUGGUCACCACCGUGACGGAAAUUGCCGGCUAAGCAGAGAAGCUCCGAGGCUCGCGCCCUCCCCUGGCCCUGCUGUGGGACAAAUCUGCUUCCAGAUGAUUCUCUUAGAUUUCUUGUACCUUUCUGCUCUCAAACUGCUUCUCUUCUGCCCGAGAGACACGGCCGCCUGCCGUCACUGAGAUCCCUCUGGCUGGGCUUUGGUGGAGGUGGCGGGUCAGUUAUCAUCCACAUCUCUUAGCAGGAAGGUGUAUUUUUGUUGGUUUUUCUCCCCUUGGCUGAUCUAACUGCACCAGUCGAUCAAGUCAGAUUUUUGGUGACAUCCCAGUACAGGCAGUUGGCUUUGAGAGUGUUGUUCGGGGUUUUUUUUUGUAUUGCCUUUGAGUAAACUGUUCAUGUGAGAGAGGAAUGUUGUCCCUUUUUAACAAAUAAUGGUGUCUGUGAGGGUCCAGAGCACCCGAUCGCUACGGCAGGUGUCUCAAGGAGGCCCCAGAAGCCGCUCAUUCCAGCUCUGUGUAUUAUUUGGUGGCAUUACAGGACACGGGAAUGGUUUUGUCGGACCAAAGGCCGUAGCGUUCCACCCUGAUUUCUCUUCCAUCAUUCCUAUUAGCUCAGUGUAUUUCUGAUUGUGCCAUGUCAGGAGGUUUUACAUCACCCGGUGCCCCAGGAACGGCUGCAGCGGCGGAGCCGGCGCUGAGCACCUCGGGUCCAUCACCCCCCACCCUCGCAGGGGAAUCUUUGCCCCUGGGUCUUUUCGGUUGUUCUCCAGGUUCAGUCUUCCAGGACGGUUCUGCUGAACCUGUUCCCCUCCCACAGAGGACGGGUCUCCUGCAUUCCAGGGUCGUAGCGCGGUUUUGUAAAUACCCGAGUUGGAUCAAGUCGGUUCAUCACUCUCUCCCUCAUCUGCAAACCCCAAAACGUGAGUCCUCUCACCCUCCCCUUUGCCCCCUCGCUUGGCUCUUUACUUUGGUGGAAGUUCGUAGCCUCUGUGCCAGGUUGCCGGAGCAGAGGGACGGAUUCGAGACACACACACGUACUGUACCCACCCACAAAGGGAGCUGCACGUGCUUUGACCUUCAUUUCUCCAACGCCUCGGGUGGCAUAAGCAUAUCUUAAAAGCAUUUCCUCUGUAAAGUGUCAAUGUUCUUUUAUCUCUAGGACAAAACUUACAAAAAAAAAAUAUGCAAUUUUUUAAUUUUGAGACUGUCCUGUGACUUGUACUCGUCUUCUCCUGAGGCUUGUGGAAAAAAACAACCUUUCUUAUGUACUUAAGAUUAUACAGAAGAUAGAAUAAAGUUAAUGCCAACUUGCUCACU